AUGGCCGCGGUGGCCGUCCUGCGAAGCGACUCCCUGCAGGCGUUUCUUCAGGAUCGGACCCCCAGCGCCUCUCCCGACUUGACCAAGCACUCACCUCUGGCUCUCCUGGCCGCCACCUGUAGCCGAAUCGGGCAGCCGAGCGCGCCGGUCGCUCCCUCGGAUUUCCUGCAGGUCUCCUACGAGUCAAGCUUGGGCUCCCCGUCCAGGAUCUUUCACCCGUGGAGCAGCGAGAUGCCAGCCCACUCCCCGGGCGGACUGCCUCCCCCGCCGCCGAGCCUCGGGCUCACCCCGCAGCCGGCUUUCGCGGGCGGCCACGAGCUGCCGCUGACGCCCCCCGCAGAUCCCUCGUACCCCUACGAAUUUUCGCCCGUCAAGAUGCUCCCGGCUUCCAUGGGCGCCCUCUCCUCCAGCUGCCCUCCGCCGGCUUACGUGCCCUACGCCGCCCAGGCGGCCCUCCCGCCGGGCUACUCCAACCUGAUGCCCCCGCCGCCCGCCCCGCAGUCCUGCCGGCAGCUCUCGCCGGCGGCCGAGGACAUCCCUUGGUGGAGCAUCCAACAGGCGGCGCCAGGCCCGGGCACUUGCGCACAUCGCUUCGCGGCCGCCGGGGGCCUGCCGCGCGGGCUGGUGUUGGCGCCCUCGGAGCUGGCGCAGUACCAGUCGCAGCUGGCCGCCCUGCUGCACCCCAAAGCGCCCCUGGCGGCCACGGCCAGGAGGUGCCGCCGCUGCCGGUGCCCCAACUGCCAGCUAGCAGCAGGCACCGGGCCCGACGCCACCGCCGAGCCCGGGAAAAAGAAGCAGCACGUGUGCCACGUCCCCGGCUGCGGGAAGGUCUACGGCAAGACGUCGCACCUCAAGGCGCACCUGCGCUGGCACACGGGCGACCGGCCCUUCGUGUGCAACUGGCUCUUCUGCGGCAAGAGCUUCACGCGCUCCGACGAACUCCAGCGGCACCUGCGGACUCACACCGGCGAGAAGCGCUUCGGCUGCGCCGAGUGCGGCAAGCGCUUCAUGCGCAGCGACCACCUGGCCAAGCACGUCAAAACGCACCAGAACAAGAGGCUCAAGGCCGGCCUGGGCCUCGGCCUGGCGGGGGGCGACGGCCGCGCUUGCGCAAUCAAGCGAGAGGAGUCGCGGGACUUGUGA